AUGUCGGAAGCUGCUAGAGGACCUGACAGUCCAUGGAGAUCAGACUGGGACAUGAUGACCCUGACAGGGGGGAAUAUGGGGCCGAGGGAGCCCAUAUCAAAGGAACUGUUUUUUGAGGUACUUGAGGAGGACCCGGAGCGAGUGUAUCGAGAGAUUGCCAACCUCAUGGACGAAGCACGAGGUACCCUAGGCAGGAGAAUCUACGAGGACGUCAACAAGCUCGCGAACGCAAGGGUUGAAUACCGAGGUCUGGUAUUGAGAAAUGGGGAUGACUAUCACCUAUUCGUGACCAAGUUUUUGCACCUGACUGGUGAAGCUCAGGUUCAGAAGGAGGACUACACAGCAGACUUACUUCCUUCAUAA